AUGAGCCAAACAUCGAGCAACCCGUCUAUUUUCACGCCGCGGUCUGAACGCAAGAUAUCCCAAUCUGUGACGUCGUUGUCCUCGGAUACUCUAGCAGUUUCAGCCAAAUCGGAGCCUUCUCGCCCUUCGACACCCGUCGCCGAGCGCACACCAGGAGCGCACGCUGAUUCAACUGCCGACUCAAUCAUUCCCAAAUCGUCUCCCGCCCCAGCGACGCCUAGCCAAGAGAAAACCCAACCAUCGCGAUCGAUAUGGACAACUUUUGUUGACCACAGCUCAACGUCUGGGCCAGCGACAGCUUCACAUACCCCGAAACACCGCCGAAGCGUGGGAUUUCGCGCGCUCGAACCAACACCACAAGCGACGGAAAGAGCUUCGUUCGGGUCCGUUACGCCGACUGCACCAGCGCCUACGAGCAUACUGUCGAAACGCAAACGAGACGGCGAUCACAAUCUGUUCAUUCCAGGCAUUGGUCAUCGCGGCCCUACGUCGGAGCCCUCUCAGAAACGGCUCCAGUUCCAAGCGCGGCCCAAACAUACUCUGAGCGGCACAAACUUUGGGCCCCUACGAAACCUGUUCGAGCCGCUUGAUCAACCGACCUCGCCAUUAUUCUUUAGAAACCAUCCUCAAUCACGGCCGAUUCUGCCGCCGCGCUUCUCGAGCAGCGAGGCGGCGGCGAGAAUGUUAAGUACUUCACGCAGUGAAGACAGCCACGUGAAGACGGUGAGCCUGGCUAGAGGGACAAUAACCUCCGCGCACCCCAGUUCAGGACCGACCAGCGCCCCUUCGUAUCAUCGCCACAGCGUAGAGCGCGCCAGCACCGGACGUAGUCACAGCCCCGAGAGUAUUGGUAGUAGGGAGUAUACCGGAGCGGGGCUGCUUAAUUCCACCGGCAUCGCGGAAUUACUGGAGCAGGAUGAGCGGCCAACAUUCAUCGUAGACCUAGGGGAUGGCAGCAAUUAUGGAGAGCAUACGGCGUUACAUUUGCUGUUCGCGAAUCCGGCACUGCGUUCGUAUGAUGGCUUGCAGAGCCUCUGUGCAGGCGUAUAUCCGGAUUCAGCCUCGCCCGGUCAGGAAUCAUUCCUGCAGUUCAAGGUGUGGCUCUUGGGUGCGGCAGUCAAUGGUGAAAGCCUCAAUGUCUGUCUCCCACCUUUCACCUAUGCUAGCCUGACCUGGAACUGUUCCACGGUACGCAGGCGAUUGCGGAUCAUCAGUGGCGUAUUUGGGUCCACAAAUUCCGCAUUGCAAGAUUCAACGCGCAACAGCGUUCCACCUCAUCAAAGAAAAUUGAGUCUCGAGCCAUUGCAUGAGCCUACAGACUAUUUCGGGGGCACCCGUCUUACCACGAUUCCUCCGACGUCUGAUAGUGCGAGUAGCUUGUCCGCCGAGGUCGUGGCUACUAUCGAGCAGGUGCCACCGACAACAACGCCAUUUCCUAUCCCUUUACUCACCAGCAAUGGCGAAAUGGACAUAUCACCUGCCGGUCAAAUACAGACGGCAGGACCACAAGAUCACAAUUCAUCAGUAUCUAAUGGGCCGCAACCAAGUGCAUCGCACGCCGAUUUUCCUGGAGACUAUGUGCAUGAUGCCGAGCAAUACGCACUGAGUCUCUUGCGGACUGAGGAGAUGGAUGCACCAUGUUUUGAUUGGACCCGUUUACCUGUCUCCGAUAACAUGCCAGAGCAUAUCAAAUUCGCACGCAGCAUCGACUGGAGUUCUACAAGCCUGGGCCCGAUCGAGAACUGGAGUCCUGAUCUUCGGCAGAUGUGCAAUCUCAUCAUGGCUUCACCGCAUCCGGCAGCCAUGUACUGGGGCGAUGAUCUCAUUGCAAUUUACAAUGAAGCUUAUGUUGUACUCGCCGGUCAGAAGCACCCUUCUAUGAUGGGCAUGAGCUACCGUGUUGCGUGGGCUGAGAUCUGGGACGAAGUUAAAGACGUAUUUGCAAAUGCUAGAAGCACUGGAGAAGCCACCAUGAAAGACGAUGAUUGUCUCUUCGUUCGACGCAGCGAUCUCUUGGAGGAGACCUACUUUUCUUGGUCAAUCAUUCCAAUGGUUGGCAGUGAUGGCAGCGUCAUGGGUCUCUACAAUCCCGCCUUCGAAAAGACAAGACGCAAGAUCGCUGAACGACGCAUGCUGACACUACGCGAAGUAGGCGAGAGAACUGCCUCCGCGAGAGAUGUGAAGGGAUUCUGGGCCGAGGUGCUUGCUUCUUUAGCCCUAAAUGAAUACGACUGCCCUUUCCUCUUACUGUAUUCGGUCAGUGACGACAGCGACAGCGACACAAGCAGCAUGCAUUCCAAUUCCACAUUUGGAUCACGACAAUGCUUGUUAGAGGGAGCCUUAGGUGUGCCCGACGAUCACCCGGUCGCCCCACGGCAAAUUGAUUUCAAGGCUGGGCAGGAGGGCUUCGGUCCCAUCUUCAGAGAAGUCAUGAAGACAAAUAAGCCAGUGCUUCUCGGGACUGAUGCUCAUGAGCUGCCGAAAGAGCUGCUAGCAGGCCUGGAACCUCGCGGCUUUGGUGACCCGCUUAAAGCUGUGCUCGUUUGUCCGAUUUAUCCCACCACGACGGCGGAAAUCGUAUUGGGCUUCCUCGUGCUCGGUGUCAAUCCUCGACGACCUUACGAUGAUGAUUAUAGCUUGUUCGUACAGCUCCUGGCUCGACAACUUGCAACAUCUCUGGCAUCUGUGGUGCUAUUCGAAGAAGAGAUUCGCCGAGGACAAAAGGCCGCUCAACUUGCAGCUUUGGAUCGCAUUGAGCUGUCCGAGCAACUCGCUGCACGGACGCAAGAAGCAAUGGAAAGUGAGACAAAAUUCACGCGCAUGGCUGAGUUUGCCCCAGUCGGCAUGUUUAUCGCUGGCAGCGACGGCAAAAUUACUUUCGCCAAUGAUACUUGGUAUCACAUCUCGCGGGUCUCCAAAACAUUGCAGGGGCCUGAUGAAUGGAUGGAUGCGAUCAUGGUCGAGGACAAGGCAUAUGUCUCAUCGCUUUGGCAUGACCUAGUGAUUAGUAAGAAGUCUGUCAAUGGCGAAUUCAGAUUCAAGGCUCCCUGGCACAGUCGGACUGGAAUCAAGAGCGACACCUGGGUUCUCUUCUCUUGCUAUCCUGAGACGGACGAAACUGGUCGCCUCAAAAGUAUAUUUGGUGUCAUCACAGACAUCAGUCAACAGAAAUGGGCCGAAGGAUUACAAACUCGCAAGAUGGAAGAAGCUGUGGAAUUGAAGCGCCAGCAGGAAAACUUCAUCGAUAUGACCUCCCACGAGAUGCGAAAUCCCUUGUCGGCAAUUUUACAAUGUUCCGACGAGAUUGAGCUUUCCUUGAGUCGAUUGAAGAACAGCGGCACCACUACAAUGUCAGAAGAAGUGCUCGCCGGUUGUCUGGAUGCAGCGCAAACCAUCAGACUUUGCAGUCAACACCAAAAGAGGAUUGUGGACGAUAUUCUCACUUUGAGCAAACUUGACUCGCAACUCCUGCUUGUGACUCCAGUUGACGCCCGGCCUCUCGAUGUCGUCGAACGAGCCUUGAAAAUGCACGAAGGUGAGCUACAGGCCAACGAUAUUCAGAUGAAAUUUGUCGUCGAUAUCUCUUUCCGUGAGAUGAAACUCGACUGGGUCCGUUUCGACCCCAGUCGAGUUUUGCAGGUGCUCAUCAACUUGACGACAAACGCAAUCAAAUUCACGAGCCCUGAAAGCAAGCGAACCAUCACUGUCACGAUUGCGGCAUCGAAGGUGAAGCCUAGCACGAAAGCUGAUGCGCCUGUCAAGUAUUUCUCGACCCGCAGCAAAAAUAAGGAUGCCAUGAAAGAUUCUGAUUGGGGUGAAGGCGAGCUGGUAUACAUCCUCUUCUCGGUGCGAGAUACUGGGCGGGGCUUGAAUCCUGAGGAGAAGAAACUACUCUUCAUGCGCUUCUCACAGGCUUCACCACGGACACAUGUUCAAUAUGGCGGGUCGGGGUUGGGCUUGUUUAUUUCACGCGAGUUGACAGAGCUACAAGGAGGUGAGAUUGGCGUCGAGAGUGAGGCUGGGAAAGGUUCCAUCUUCAGCUUCUACGUGUCUGCGCGUCGCACAUCGACUCCAACGGUCGACACCGACGGCGCUACUGGCCAGAAACGAAUCCCGCUCAACUCUGACCAACGGGGCAAUAAAACAAAUAGCCGUCUUCAAUCUGCGGGCACGGAUGCCAAGCUCGAUGCUGCUGCAAUUACUGCUAAUAUGGUCAAGAAGGUACUCAUAGUGGAAGACAACCUUGUGAAUCAAAGGGUACUGCAGAAGCAGCUCAAGACAUUGGGCGCCGAAGUGCAUCUGGCCAAUCAUGGCGGUGAAGCAAUUGAACGGCUCAUGCAAUCCACUUAUUGGAAAGACGACCGCCCUGCCAGUGAAAAGAUCGACCUGGGUGUAAUUCUAAUGGACCAGGAAAUGCCAAUCAUGGAUGGUCUGACAUGCACACGUCGCAUCCGGGAAUUUGAGGCACAGGGCAAGCUCACCGGCCACGUGCCCAUCAUCGCCGUGACUGCAAAUGCUCGACCGGAACAAGUGCAGACGGCCAUGGAUGCCGGAAUGGAUGAUGUCGUAUCAAAGCCCUUCCGCAUUCCCGAACUUCUGCCUAAGAUCGAGGAAUUACUAGCUCGUUAUGCUGCGACAUGA